ACGGGCUUAUCCUCUCAGCGUGCACGCAGCCUUAUCCUCUCAGCGCUAUCUCAAACUCUCUCUCCCCCCCCUCUCCCCUCAGCUCUCUCUUGGCUCUCUCUCGAACUCUUUCUCUCCCCCCUCCCCUCCCCUCAGCUCCCCUCCCCUGCUUGGUGCUCGCCGCGACAACCGCAGCCAUGGCCGCCGCCAACCUGCUGACUGCCCUCCUCAACAUGUACACCACGCCCAGCGUGGAUUUCGACAGGGUCGACGCAUUUGUGCUAGCCCCCUCCGCGCAUCCGGGGUGGCCGUGCUCCCACCUCUCGGGGAUCACGGAGCUCGAGCUGGCACGCGACGAGGGCGAACUGGGGCUCUCGUUCCUGCCCAACCUCUGCUCGGUGCUCGCCACGGGGCUCCCCUCAUGGCCGCGCUGUUGGGGGGCCGCGCCCCAGCAACCAGGACCGCGCGCUGCGGCUCACGGCGGUGCUGCUGGCGGCCCCUGCUGUGGCUGCUGGAGCUGGCCGUUCGGGGCGGCCUCUGCGCGCCGCGGUAUUCGGAUCCUGCGAGGGGAGGUGGCGGCGGAGGUGCCCAUGCUGGCCGUUGGGCUGCCCUCUGCUGCCCUACAAGCUCCGCCGCCGGCCUCCUCCGAGCGCUGCCUCGUCGUCGAUGUCGGCCGCAGCCGAGAGGCGGCUGGGUUGCGGGCUGAACACGCCGGCGCGGCGGUGGGGGCCGAGGAGGCUGGGGGAGCAUUGGAGUAGCGGCGGCUGUGGCGGCGGGGCUGCGCCGGCAAGGGCCGGAUUUUUUUUAUUUGAUUUCUAAGGGCGGUUCGUCCCGUCAUCCGCACCUACAAAUAGAUUUCUAGGGGCAGGAUAGGGGUGACCCAUCCCUAGAAAUAGAUUUCUAAGGGCGGGAGGGGGCAUGACCCGUCCCUAAAAAUGCAUUUUUAGGGGCGGUACAUUAUCCGCCCAAACAUCAUUUUUAGUGCGAAAAGCAGGGGCAGGUAUUGCACCCGUUCCUACAAAAGCAACUAUACCCACCCCUAAAAACCAUUUAUGUAGUAGUGCUGUUUUCACAGUUAGAUUCGGUUUUCAACUCAUUUUUAUGGAUACAUAUUGGGAGGGGGUUUUCCA